UUUUUGUUUCGUUUUCUUCACAAAGUAGUCCAUCCUGUUUUCUGAGUGUACACAAACAAGAUUCUGUUUGUGUACACUCUUCAUUUGUCACUGUACUGUGUGGGGGGUGGUUUGCUCCUUCAGCUCAAGAUACAGGUUGUGACAGCACAGAGAAUGGAUUCAAUUGGAGACCAACCUCAAGAGUCAGAUCUGAGGAUUAUAAUAAUUGGACCCCAUGAGAUAAACGUGGCUUCAAUUGGAAACAUCAUCCUUGGGAGAGAGGUGUUUGUGUCUCAGAAUAGUAGCAAGUGCAUAAAGAGAGAUGGAGAGAUAGCUGGUAGAAAAGUAACAGUAGUAGUCACACCUAAUCGAUGGUCCAGACUUCCUCUGAUUGACACAACAAAACGAGAUAAAGAAGAACUAAUGCUCAGCAUGAUUCUGUGUGAGCCUGGACCUCAUGCCAUCCUUCUAGCCAUUGGUGAGGAGGAGGUCACAAAGGACAUGGCUCUCUCAAUGGAGGAGCACACAGAGCUUCUUGGCCAGGAAGUUUGGGAUCAUACAAUAUUAUUAUACUCAUGUGACAAACAGCAAGAAAAAUGUGUUAAGGAAUCAGGAGAAGCUUUCAAGAGGAUUGCAAAUAAAUGUGGACACAGAUAUCACAUUCUCAGUGACACAAAUCAGGGUGAUAGAAUUCAGGUCAGAGAACUACUAAAGAAGAUAGAUGACAUGGUACAGAAAAACAAAGGCAAACACUGUGAGAUACAUGGGAAGAUCUACCUUGUUCAGAAAUGGAGGGAAGCUGAAGAUAAACGAGCAGAAGAAAGGCUGCAAAAGGCAAAGGAACUGAGAGAGAUGCUGAGAUCAAAAAUGGGAAGCACAAGCCACAGUUCUGAGAUCAGAAUAUUGCUAACAGGCUGUCAGUUUUAUGGAAAAAGCUCAACAGGAAACACAAUCCUGGCACAGGAAGCAUUUGUGACAUUUCCAAAAAAGAGGAUGUCAAAGUGUGUAAAAAGUGAAGGAGACGUUCAAGGAAGGCACGUUAUUGUAGUAGAUACUCCAGGACAAUGGAGAAUUCACCCAGUCGAGUACACUACUGAGCUUUGCAAGCAGGACCUGGUGCUUAGCGUAACUCAGUGUCCACCAGGACCCCACAUUUUGCUUGUUCUUGUCCGUUUAGACAUUUCAUUCUCUGAAAGGAACAAGAAGACAAUUGAGGGUCACUUCCAGCUUUUUGGUGAGAAUGUUUGGAGACACACCAUGGUAUUGUUCACAUGUGGGGACUUUCUGGGAGAAACAACGAUUGAGCAGUUUAUUGAGAGUCAAGGGAAAGCUCUGCAGUGGCUAGUGCAGAAAUGUAACAACAUGUACCAUGUGUUCAACAACAACAAUAAGGAUGAUCGCUCUCAGGUUUCUGAGCUGCUUGAAAAGAUUGAUGAGGUUGUUGCUAGUAACAGUGGUGGCCAUUUUGAAAUGGACCAGAAGAUUUUGCAGGAGGUCCAAAUGAAGAGGAAGAUGGCAGAAGACAAAGCUAAAGAGAGGAGACUGAUGGCAGAAGACAAAGCUAAAGAGAGGAGACUGAUGGCAGAAGACAAAGCUAAAGAGAGGAGACUGAUGGCAGAAGACAAAGCUAAAGAGAGGAGACUGAUGACAGAAGACAAAGCUAAAGAGAGGAGACUGAUGGCAGAAGACAAAGCUAAAGAGAGGAGACUGAUGGCAGAAGACAAAGCUAAAGAGAGGAGACUGAUGGCAGAAGACAAAGCUAAAGAGAGGAGACUGAUGGCAGAAGACAAAGCUAAAGAGAGGAGACUGAUGGCAGAAGAGGCACAAAGAGGACCAACUAGUUCAAUAUCCGGAAAAGGUGACAAAGGAGCCUCGCCUAGUGAUCCUGAGGUCAACAUUGUAUUAAUUGGUUAUAGAAAAGCUGGAAAGACCACAACUGGAAACAUUAUGUUAGGCAAAAACCUUUUUUCCAGACAAAAGACUUUUCAGAGUGAGCAGCAACAUGGACAAGUAGCAGGAAGACAGGUAGCUGUAGUAGACACUCCAGGCUGGGACUGGGUCCAUGAUAUGGAGGAAACACCUGAGCUUGACUGGCAGAUAGUGCAGAGUGUUCACACUCAUUGUUCCAAAGGUGCACCGGUUGUUUUCCUUCUGGUCGUGCGAGCAGCUUUUUCCUUCAAAGAGGUGAACAAACUCAUUACUGAAGAAUAUCUGCAACUUCUUGGUGACUGCAUCUGGAAUUACACCAUAGUGCUGUUCACUACUGGGGCCUGGAUGGAAGACAUAGACAUAGAACUGCACAUUGAGAGUGAAGGGGAUGCACUGCAGUGGCUUGUAGAUAAAUGUGGGAACAGAUACCAUGUUAUGGACACUAAAGGAAAGAAAGCAGCUGUACAAGUCCCUGAACUGAUGAGAAAGAUUGAACAAGUAGUGGCAAAUAACAAGAGCUGUCCUUUUCAGUUAGACAAAGAAAUCUGUGAGAAAUUUGAGAACCAAUGUUCCACUGCCAGCAAUCAAACCUCACAAAGGAUGUUACACGUCAGAAAGGAACACGGCAGCAUGGGCUUGCUUCCACCUUACAUGGAUGAUGGUGAUGAUGAUGAUGAUAAGAGCUCUGGAAUUAGCUCAGCUUCAUCUAUGCAGCAUAUGAGACUUCAUCUACUUCACGUUGUGACAGCACAGAGAAUGGCUUCAAUUGGAAACCCACCUCAAGAGUCAGAUCUGAGGAUUAUAAUAAUUGGACCCCAUGAGAUGAACGUGACUUCAAUUGGAAACAUCAUCCUUGGGAGAGAGGUGUUUGUGUCUCAGAAUAGUAGCAAGUGCAUAAAGAGAGAUGGAGAGAUAGCUGGUAGAAAAGUAACAGUGGUAGUCACACCUAAUUGCUGGUCCAGACUUCCUCUGAUUGACACAACAAAACGAGAUAAAGAAGAACUAAUGCUCAGCAUGAUUCUGUGUGAGCCUGGACCUCAUGCCAUCCUUCUAGCCAUUGAAACAGCAAGAAAAAAGGAAUCAGGAGAAGCUUUCAAGAGGAUUGCAAAUAAAUGUGGACACAGAUAUCACAUUCUCAGUGACACAAAUCAGGGUGAUAGAAUUCAGGUCAGAGAACUACUAAAGAAGAUAGAUGACAUGGUACAGAAAAACAAAGGCAAACACUGUGAGAUACAUGGGAAGAUCUACAUUGUUCAGAAAUGGAGGGAAGCUGAAGAUAAAAGUGCAGAAGAAAGGCUGCAAAAGGCAAAGGAUCUGAGAGAGAUGCUGAGAUCAAAAAUGGGAAGCACAAGCCACAGUUCUGAGAUCAGAAUUUUGCUAACAGGUUAUCAGUUUUCUGGAAAAAGCUCAACAGGAAACACAAUCCUGGCACAGGAAGCAUUUAUGACACUUCCAAAAAAAAGGAUGUCAAAGUGUGUAAAAAGUGAAGGAGACGUUCAAGGAAGGCACGUUAUUGUAGUAGAUACUCCAGGACGAUGGAGAAUUCACCCAUUCAAGUACACUACUGAGCUUUGCAAGCAGGACCUGGUGCUUAGCGUAACACAUUGUCCACCAGGACCCCACAUUUUGCUUGUGUUUGUCCGUUUAGACACUUCGUUCACUGAAAUGAACAGGAGGGCAACGGAGGAACACUUGCAGCUUUUUGGUGAGAAUGUUUGGAGACACACCAUGGUACUGUUCACCUGUGGGGACUUUCUGGGAGAAACAACGAUUGAGCAGUGUAUUGAGAGUCAAGGGUCAGCUCUGCAGUGGCUAGUGCAGAAAUGUAACAACAUGUACCAUGUGUUCAACAACAACAUAAAGGAUGAUCGCUCUCAGGUUUCUGAGCUGCUUGAAAAGAUUGAUGAGAUUGUUGCUAAUAACGGUGGUGGCCAUUUUGAAAUGGACCAGAAGAUUUUGCAGGAGGUCCAAAUGAAGAGGAAGAUGGCAGAAGACAAAGCUAAAGAGAGAAGACUGAUGGCAGAAGACAAAGCUAAAGAGAGGAGACUGAUGGCAGAAGAGGCACAAAGAGGAUCAACUAGUUCAAUAUCUGAAAAAGGAGCCUCGCCUUGUGAUCCUGAGCUCAACAUUGUAUUAAUUGGUUAUAGAAAAGCUGGAAAGACCACAACUGGAAACAUUAUGUUAGGCAAAAACCUUUUUUCCAGACAAAAGACUUUUCAGAGUGAGCAGCAACAUGGACAAGUAGCAGGAAGACAUAUAGCUGUAGUAGACACUCCAGGCUGGGACUGGGUCCAUGAUAUGGAGGAAACACCUGAGCUCGACUGGCAGAUAGUGCAGAGUGUUCACACUCAUUGUUCCAAAGGUGCACCGGUUGUUUUCCUUCUGGUCGUGCGAGCAGCUUUUUCCUUCAAAGAGGUGAACAAACUCAUUACUAAAGAAUAUCUGCAACUUCUUGGUGACUGCGUCUGGAAUCACACCAUAGUGCUGUUCACUACUGGGGCCUGGAUAGAAGACAUAGACAUAGAACUGCACAUUGAGAGUGAAGGGCAUGCACUGCAGUGGCUUGUAGAUAAAUGUGGGAACAGAUAUCAUGUUAUGGACACUAAAGGAAAGAAAGCAGCUGUACAAGUCCCUGAACUGAUGAGAAAGAUUGAACAAGUGGUGGCAAAUAACAAGAGCUGCCCUUUUCAGUUAGACAAAGAAAUCUGUGAGAAAUUUGAGAAGCAAUCUUCCAUUGUCAGCAAUCAAACCUCACAAAGUAUGUUACACAUCAGAAAGGAACACGGCAGCAUGAACUGGCAUCCACCUAACAUGGAUGAUGAUUAUGAUGAAGAUUCUGAUAAGAGCUCUGGAAUUAGCUCAGCUUCAUCUCUGCAGCAUGAGACUUCAUCUACUCCACCAUUAAAGUAGGCAAAAUAAUGAA